GACUCUGAAAAAAAAAUAUUAAGGAAAAGAUUUUGUUCAAAUUGGGGUCACAUUACGCCAUUGCCCUGAAAUUAGGUGUUAUUCCCCAGAUUUCAAGUGCCACACAAAGAACCGGUAGCCAUCCGGAUGCAUUAGCUCCUUACCAUCCAGCGCCAUCGGCCUCGAAGUAACCAGCGAAUCCGCUAUUGCCCUGAAUAUAAGGCCUAGAGCUUAGAGCCUAGAGACCCAGCCCCGAGGAAGGAAGAAAGACUAGAGUCACAAGAACAAGAAAAAGAUCCACACAGACAAUACGAACCCGUGGUUUCAUUGGCCAAAAUGCCACAUCGUGUAGUCGAUUUCUUUCGGGCUUCGAACGAUAGCAUCCACAGCAUCAAAGCAUCCGUACAACGAAGAAGCAACCCCAACUCACGAUCUAACUCACGAUCUACAUCCAGAGAACGACCUACUCGUCACCCAUCACCUGCAUCAUCAGUGCUCGAAGCCGACUCAGAUCAUCUAGCACAUAACUUUGUUGCACCUCCUGUCAAGAUGGCUGAACCGUCCAAGGAGAAGAAGGAUGCCCACAGUCAUCAUCGCCUGAGUUUUCCAGUCUUGCAUCUUGGCAGCUCCAAAUCUUCCAAGGAAUCACCACAAAAUCCCAAUGCCUCCCUAAGCUGGAAAAUUGAGUCACCCCCCGCUGUGUUGCACGGUGAUACCGAGAACAGCACUGGCGCAUUGGUUUCUGGUCAAUUAUUACUUGACAUCAAGGAGGAGGGAUUUGAGGUUGACACUUUCGAAGCCAAGUUGAAUGUCCACAUCCUACAGAAACGACCGUUUACUGGUCACUGUCAGAAUUGUGCAAACCAAGUAACCGAGCUCAAAUCCUGGACACUUUUGACUGAGCCAACGCAACUUUCCAAACGGACACACGAAUUCCCCUUUUCCGUUUUAUUGGAUGGUCACCUUCCCGCGACAACUGAUAAUGCCAUUAUCGCAGUGAAAUACGAAUUCACCGCGAUAGUACAGCCGCGCACUGGACCGAUGGUUAAGCUUAUCAAGAAUAUCGACGUAAAGCGCUCGAUACCAGUCCCAGAAUUGCCCCAUCACAGCAUACGCAUCUUCCCGCCUACCAACAUUGCCGCCAGUGUGCACUUCACCCAAAUCAUACACCCCAUCAGUUCCAACACCUUCACCCUGCGCCUCGACGGUGUCGUCAAGCACAACCCAGACGCCAAGACCGUCGAGUACUGGAAGCUGAAGCGACUGUCGUGGAAGCUGGAGGAGAACAUGGAGACCAUAGCGCCUGCAUGCGAAAAGCACUCUCCCAAGGAACCCAAAGAAUCAGACACGGCCGUGGCGCCGAAGAAGGGCGCCAAGCGCGUCGACACCCGCACGAUAGCGCACGCUGACAUGCACAGCGGCUGGAAAUCCGAUUACUCCCCGUCAGGGUGCAUCGAGACGGAAAUCCAGUACCAGCUAGCGCCGGGCGCGCGCGCUGUCUGCGACAUGAAGAGCAAAGACGGCACCGAGAUCACGCACCAGCUGGUGGUGGAGAUGGUGGUCGUCCAGGAGUACGCACCGACCACGCACCUGAAGCACGUCACACCGACCGGCGUAGCACGCAUCCUGCGCAUGCACUUCGGCGUCGUCGUCACCGAGAGGGCGGGCCUGGGCGUCAGCUGGGACAACGAGGCGCCUCCGAUCUACCAAGAUGUGCCCCCUUCGCCCCCUUCCUACUCGUGCGACAUCCCGUACGAGAGCGUGGAGGACCUGGCCUUGAGCCGAAAUAGCCAAGAGAACCCCAGCAGAGCGCAAAGCCCUGUCGCGAACGAAGAGCGACCCUUGACCAUAGUAGGAACCAAAACGGUCGGGCGCUAGUUCACGUUCGGCCGGGUUCUUUACAGGAUUAAAGGGUGGUGGUUGGAACGGUUACGGGGGAGGUAAUCAGGAACAGCAUUGGCUUUACAACAAAAGACCAAGCAAACACAAACAGAGCAAUAUACCCCACGAGCGAUACUUUGAUGACGCACUGCACUGCAUUGCAUGCAAGCAACUUCCUGCAUUUAGCAGAUGAAACAAAAAGGAGAGGGAAAAAGGCACACAAUGGUUGGGUUGGUAUGGCCUUCAGGGAAGGGAUUUUCACAGUUGAUUGUUUGAUUGAUUACAUAUGGCAUUGUAUGGAGUUUUCAGGACGGAUAGACAUACCCCCAUCAGGAGAAAGCAAGCAAGCAAGCAAGCAAGCAGAAUGCCGCUCAAUGGCUGGCAGGCAGGCAGAACGGUACACGCAUGAAUAAUAUUUUACUUGAGUAAUAACUCGAGAAAUAACUCGAAGAGUAUAUACAUGUAAUAAGAG